UCUGCUUAAAUGAGCUUACAUUAAGUGAAAACGGCAUGGACAUGCUGUGGAGGAAUAUGCUGGUGCGCAAAGGGAGUCUCCAUCCCCACAGAGUGGAGCUGGAUAUGUAGCUGGAGCUCCAGGGAUGCUCCAAGCAUACUGCACCUUGGAAGUUGUCAAACGAUUCUUGUCUUCAACCCCCCAGCAAAGCCUCAUAGAUGAUAUUUCUCUGCGCGACUUCAUGGAUUUGGUUCUCUGAGAACCAUCUGAAGAACAGACAUGGCAGUGUCAAAGAUGCUGUUCUCUGACGUGGAAAGUUUUCUGGACUCGCAUCCCGAGUUAUUCGAGGAUUAUCUGAACAGAAAGGGGAAUUAUGGCAUGGUGGAGAAAUGGCUCAAGAAUCACCAGGCGAGCAAAAGUCCAACGGCUUCAGCUCCAGCCGAGACAAGAGAGGAGAAGAGCAACCCGUGCAAGGACAGCUGGGCGAGCAAAUGUGACGGUUUGCAGCGGAGAGCGUCUCAGAAGGAGCUGCGUAAAACUUUCGCCAGAUCCAAGGCAAUCAACGUCAACAGGACAUACGACGAACAUGUUAAUUCCAGGGCGCAGGAGCCGCUGACGAGCAUGAGGAGGAGAGCACUGCUGAGGAAAGCGAGUUCUCUGCCCCCGACCACUGCGCACAUACUGAGCGCACUGCUGGAGUCCAGAGUCAACAUCCCCCAGUACCCUUCCACAGCCGUGGAUUUUAAAUAUUACCUCAAAGAACACAACGAGCGAGAGUUUUUCCUGGAGCUUGUAAAAGACAUAUCAAACGACUUGGAUCUAACGAGUCUCAGCUACAAGAUCCUCGUGUUUGUUUGCAUUAUGGUGGAUGCAGACCGGUGCUCCUUGUUUUUAGUGGAGGGAACAGGCAACAAGCAAACGCUAGUGUCCAAAUUCUUUGACGUGCACGCAGGCACCACAGUUUUACCCUCAAUGAAUUCAGACGAAGUUCAAGUGCCGUGGGGGAAAGGGAUCAUUGGUUAUGUAGCCGAACACGGGGAGACAGUGAACAUCCCUGACGCUUAUCAGGAUCGUCGGUUCAGCGAUGAAAUUGACAAGCUGACAGGGUACAAAACCAAGUCACUGUUGUGCAUGCCCAUUCGCAACAGUGAUGGAGAGAUCAUUGGAGUUGCUCAGGCCAUUAACAAGAAUUCAAGUGGAGAGCUCUUCACUGAAGAUGAUGAGAAGGUGCUGCAGAUGUACCUGCCCUUCUGUGGUAUUGCAAUCUCCAACGCCCAGCUAUUUGCCGCCUCAAGGAAGGAGUAUGACAGGAGUCGGGCACUCCUGGAAGUAGUCAAUGACCUGUUUGAAGAACAGACUGACCUGGAGAAGAUUGUCAGGAAGAUAAUGCACCGUGCCCAGACGCUGCUUAAGUGCGAGCGCUGCUCUGUUCAGUUGCUGGAGGACAUUGAGUCACCGGUUGUGAAGUUCACCAAGUCGUUCGAGCUGCUCUCCCCUAAGUGUAGCGCAGACACCGAAAGCAGUUUCAAAGACAGCAUGGAGAAAUCAUCUUACUCAGACUGGCUCAUCAAUAACAGCAUUGCGGAGCUGGUGGCUUCCACAGGACUGCCUGUAAACAUUAGUGACGCCUAUCAGGAUCCUCGCUUUGAUGCUGAGGCAGACCAGUUCUCUGACUUCCAUAUCCGCUCAGUGCUUUGUGUCCCUAUAUGGAACAGCAACCACCAAAUUAUUGGUGUUGCCCAAGUGCUGAACAGGCUCGAUGGGAAACCCUUCGAUGAUGCAGACCAGCGUCUUUUUGAGGCAUUUGUGAUCUUUUGUGGACUGGGCAUCAACAACACCAUCAUGUACGACCAGGUGAAAAAGUCUUGGGCCAAGCAGUCGGUGGCUUUGGAUGUUCUGUCGUACCAUGCCACUUGCUCCAAGACUGAAGUUGACAAAUUCAAGGCUGCUAACAUCCCCCUGGUCUGCGAGCUGGGCAUCGACAAGCUCUCCUUUGAUGAUUUCUCUCUGGAUGUUGAUGCCAUGAUAACGGCAGCUUUGAGAAUGUUUAUGGAACUGGGAAUGGUGCAGAAAUUUAAGAUUGACUAUGAGACGCUGUGCAGAUGGUUGCUGACCGUCAGAAAAAACUACAGAAUGGUUCUCUAUCACAACUGGAGACACGCAUUCAACGUCUGCCAGUGCAUGUUUGCCAUGCUGACGACAGCAGGUUUCCAGGAGACUCUGACAGACGUGGAGAUCUUAGCCCUUAUUGUCGGAUGUGUGUGCCAUGACUUGGACCACAGGGGCACCAACAACGCUUUUCAAGCAAAGACGGGCUCAGCUCUCGCUCUGCUUUAUGGGACCUCUGCUACACUGGAACACCACCACUUCAACCAUGCUGUCAUGAUCCUGCAGAGCGAGGGUCACAAUAUCUUCUCCAACCUCUCGUCCACAGAGUACAGCGACCUCAUGCAGCUGCUGAAACAGUCAAUUCUGGCCACAGACCUCACACUUUACUUUGAGAAUAGAAACAUGUUCUUUGAGCUGGUCAGCAAUGGCGAGUACAACUGGAAUGUGAAGGCACAUAGAGACAUGUGCAGAUCCAUGAUGAUGACAGCAUGUGAUCUCGGUGCUGUCACUAAGCCCUGGGAAAUAUCACGAAAGGUGGCUGAGCUGGUGACGAGCGAGUUCUUUGAGCAGGGCGACAGAGAAAGACUGGAGCUGAAACUCACGCCCUCUGCCAUUUUUGACCGAAACAGGAAGGAUGAGUUGCCAGGGCUUCAGCUAGAAUGGAUUGAUGGAAUCUGCUCUCCGCUGUACGAGACUCUGGUCAAGUUGAAUCCCAAACUUCAGCCGAUGGUUGACAUGAUCAAAGCUAACAGGGCCAAAUGGGAGGAACUGAACAGGAAGAGACAACGCGGCCAGAGUGUUUCUGCACCCGCGAGCCCCUGCAGUGGUGACAGCACAGAAGCCAGUGGCUGCACUGUGGCCAAAACUGGCAGCACACCCUGCUGCAGUGGCAGUGCUGACGGAUCACCCUCUAAAGCAGCUAGUUAGCUUCUGCUGCCGAGCUUCUGAGCUGAUUUCCUAGGCUUAUUUCCUCCAAAAUGCAGUCUGCAAAAGAGGAAGUGCAGCGCAUGCAGAGAUUCAUGGGCUCUGCUCCUGUUCGCUUUUUGCUACUAGAGAUGAGCUUCAGACUUGAGUGUGGCGCUAUCAUAGAGGUUUUUCUGCUGCCUUCAGAUUCCCUGUGCUGAAGGGUGACAGAGCUGUGUUUGGCAAGCUUGUCAGAGCAGCUACAAAUCAGCCGAUGACACCACGUCAGAAAGGAAACUCAAACCACUGUGUCAACAUGUCAGCCAGUGAGCUAACACCAACAAUUCCACGGCAGUGUACAGAUUUUCAGCACAGGCAUGGAGAAUAUAGGAGAGGAAUAUUUGUCUCUGCUGUGGUUUGUUUUGCUUUUGGCACCCCCUUGUUGCUCCUUCUUUUUGUCCAGGGUAACAGAUUAUUGUUAUUUUUUGUAAAUCUGUAAAUAGGCUAUCGAGUUAUUGAAAAGAGUAAGGAUUGUAAUGUGGCUGUAGACUUUGUGAAGGCCUACGUGGUGCAGGAACAACAAGGACCUGUGACAAUGCUUGCAGUGCAAAUUGAAUUCCCACUCCCUCUCUUCCUGUGCCUUGUUUUAGGAUCCUAAUGAAACAUGCAUGGCCUCCGUGCUGAGGUUCUUAGAUAGUGUGUCGAACCACGCUGUGGUUUUUGCCAUAAUUUGUAAAAACCAGUGACUGCAAUUAACGUCUUGACCCCCAUAAACUUAAAUAUAUAUUUGCCUAGUUUUAUAAAUGCAGGGCCUAACUUAUCACACGCAAACUUACACACACACACACACACACACACACACACACACACACACACACACACACACACACACACACACACACACACACACACACACACACACACACACACACACACACACACACACACAAAUGUGCCUUGAUGAAGCUGUUCUGAUAUUAUAUUAACUUCUGCAGGAAAUCUUAACAUCUACUAAUUUAACACUCGCAGCUGUUACCUAAAAAUAAAAUAUUCUUUAAUAUCAAAAGCCAUUGUUGGACAUUUUAAGAGCUGCCCUUUUUUGCUUAUAGCCAAUCAGUUUGAAAGGAAGAUCCUUACCACUCUUGUGGUUAUCUGUUGAAUCAGCAGGUGAUCAGAGCUUAGAUAGCAUAGAGACUGCAAACACGUGGAAGCAGAUAGCAUUGCUGUUUCUCAUUGUUUAUUGUCUGUAGCAGUUAAGGGUAUUUCCUAAAAUGUAAAACGUUUCAAUCUAAUUUCACAAAUGCUACCAGCGGUAUACUGCAUUUUAUUAAAAAAAAAAUCUCUUGAGACAAUGACAUGUCACUUGUAGUCACAAACUUUUGUUUAAAUUAGAGCCCAGUCAUUAAUAUAUUGUUGGGACUUAAAUGAGAAAGUAAAAAUUUCCAUUACUGAUAUAUUGGGUGAUAUUCUUUGAAGAUAUUGACAUAUAAUAUGUUAGUUAAAUGUCAGUUAAAUAUUCAUUUUUAACAUCACUAAAUAUUUCAUAAAAUAGCAAAAAAUUUACUAUCACGACCCCACUUGACUCCACAGUUAGACUGUAUAUAAAGGAUGGACAGAGCCCUUGUUAAGCCACCCUGCAGUUAGUAAACUAAUGGGUGACUUAAGCCUUAAACGUAUUGUUUUAGUGAAAUCAAGAAGAAGAAGAUCUGACUUUGAAACUGAGAGACGCCACACAGCCAGUUAUUUUUAUUAAAAUUAUCAUUAGAAUUUGACAGGAAGUGAGUCACAUGUUGUUAGCCAAUGACUGUGUGGUGUCCAGGGCAAUUUUCCUCUAGACAUCUAUACAACUGCAGCUCUUUUGACAGCCACUGCUGCCCCCUGCUGGUUAUUUAAAGAACUUCCACAUUGGCUUCUCCAUCUAUCUUUUAUGUACAGUCUAUACCCAGCUGUGAUGUAUACUCUUGUGCUCCUGCACAGUCCUGAGAGCUUUGGAGUUGGAGCCACCCUAUGGACAAACUAUGUGAUGACACCAUUUCUAAAUUAGGCUUAAAAUUGGACAUUAUUUAAAUUAUGAAACAAUUAUAAUAAGUAUUAUUUUGGGGUGGGGGGUUGCCUUAUGAGUUGUCUUGUAGCUUUUGUUAACUGGAGUUUUACAACGUGACUGUGCACAUUGUGUGGCAUGGAUCUGUGUGCUCUGUAUUUUAGUUGAAGAGCUAAACUGAAGUCAGCCAGAUUGUUUUUUGUUUUUUCUUUGUUUGUUUGUUUUGUUUUGUUUUUUAAAUUGCAUGUCUUUAUGCAGUAUUAAAUUCAACCACUUGCUAAGGAUGUAGCAAAUAAGUGAGCCAAGAAAUACCUCGUACUUUCAUCAGUAAACAUUUUAUCUCAUGGGAAAUGCAUGACUUAAAUUCUAUUGCAUCAUGUUAUGUGAUUUACGUAUGAAUAUCACUGUUCUAUUUUCCAGUUAGGUCUCCGGGCAGGGCCAACUUCUACUCAUUUUUUCCCCGCAUUGUAACGUGCUUUUUGUGUUUCUUCUUUCUCCCAGUUUGGACUCUGGAUUUAUUCACUGCAGGCUAAACUGAAAGAAAACUUAGGCAUGGAAAGGCAAAUGAGCGAUGUUUCUGUUGAGAGUUUAAAUAAAAAGUGCUGCUACACGU